AUGGCGCCUGCCCAGACGGUGCACCACCACCGCUCCACUACCAAGGUUUCCCACAAGCCUUACAAGAGCAAGCAUGCCUCUAAGGGUGCGCUGAAAGAUCUCGCCAAAGGCAAAAUCGAAGGUGAUGAGCGGGGCGGUCGUAAAACACCCCACCAACAGCUCAAGACGAAACUCGAUCGCCGCAACACUGCCCGCCAAAGACAGGCAUUGAAGCACCAAGAACGGUCCCAAGCUACCAGCAUUUUUGCCGGCCAGAAUGGCGCCCCUCGUCAUGUCGCUAUCGUGCCGUUGUCCGCCGAUAUUGAUACCGCCGCUGCUAUCUCUUCGAUCAAUGAGAGUGUUGAUAUUUUGACUGAUGUCUCGCCCGACGGUCCUACUCGUGUGCGCAUUGAUCGUUUCCGCCAAAGUGUGCAGUACGUUCCUGCUAAGUACGAUAUGUUGAGCGCUUUGGAUGUGUGCCGUAUGGCCGAUUUUGUCGUAUUGGUGCUGUCGUCUGAGGUUGAGGUUGAUGAGCAGGGCGAGAUGCUGCUGCGGUCGAUCCAGGGCCAGGGUAUCUCGAAUGUGUUGACUGUCGUCCAAGGUCUCGACAGGAUUGAUCCUCCCAAGAAGCGCCCUCAGGUGGCUUCUUCGUUGAAGUCGUUCAUCAACCACUUUUUCCCCUCUAUCGAGAAGGUUAUGUCUCUCGACUCGAGACAGGAAUCUUCCAAUCUUAUCCGAUCUAUCUGCACUGCUUCCCCCAAGGGUAUCCGCUGGCGUGAUGACCGCAGCUGGAUGUUUGUUGAGAAUGUUAAGUGGCCCGAGUCUAACCUGGAAGUGGUUGAUGGCGUCGUUAUCACCGGUGUCGUUCGUGGAAAGGGCUUGAAGGCAGACCGCAUUGUUCACCUCCCCGGCUGGGGCGAUUUCCAGAUUGACUCAAUUACAGCGGCGCCGCUAACGACUACCAAGGCCAAGCGGGAUGAUGCUAUGGCCGUUGACUCAAAUGACACACAGAUCUUGGACACUCCUUCUGCGGACCAAGAUGACAUGGCUAUCGUUGCCCCCGAGGAGAUCGAGAUGGUGGAUGACGACAUGAUUUCCAUGGCUGAGACAGAGAAGAAGGGUGUUCUGCUGGACGACUAUCACUACUUCUCAGAUGACGAUGCACACAUUCCGCCCGUACCCAAGAAGUUGCCUAAGGGCACCUCCACAUACCAAUCAGCUUGGUAUCUCGACGAUGUUUCCGACUCUGGAUCUGACAUGGAAGAUGAGGAUCAGCCCAUGGAAAUGGACACCACCGGAGCACCCGAGGAUGGAGUGUUCCCCGACAACCAGGACGCAAUGACUGAGGGCGGUCCCUCAGAAUACCCGCAGUCAGAGAUGUUCCUUGAUCCCUCCCCCGAGGACGAGGCCCAGGAAUUGGCCGAUUACCGUGCCAGCCGCAAGACCGAAGCCGAAGAGGACUUGGAGUUCCCCGAUGAGAUUGAAUUGCACCCCAACGCGCUUGCUAGAGAGCGUCUGGCCCGAUUCCGUGGAUUGAAGAACAUGAAGCUCUCCCACUGGGAAACAUCCGAGGAUCGUCCCUACGAGCCUGAAGACUGGCGCCGCCUGCUGCAAUUCGCCGAUUUCAGGGGUUCCAAGAACCGCAUCAUGCGAGAGGCUCUCGUCGGAGGUGUCAACCCCGGUACUCGUGUGGAUAUUCACCUCCGCGCAGUUCCCUCCAUCCUGCGCAACGGCCCUAAGCCGACUUCGCUCUUCUCUCUGCUCCGCCACGAGCACAAGCACACGGUGGUCAACGUCAACAUGACUCUGAACUCCAGCUACGAGCAGCCUCUGAAGGCUAAGGAGCAGCUCGUAGUCCAGUGCGGUCCCCGCCGCCUGGUUGUGAACCCCAUUUUCUCCUCGGCCGACAACACGCCGAACAACGUCCACAAAUACGACCGAUUCCUGCACCCUGGUCGCAGCGCCAUCGCAUCCUGGAUUGGACCUAUGACCUGGGGUUCCGUUCCCGUACUCGUCUUCAAGAGCAAACAAGCCGAGACAGAAGACGGCGACGAGGAAAUGGAUACAGAUGCCAAGGAGGAAUCAAUCGCUCUGGACCAACUCGAGCUGAUCGGUACCGGUACCGUCGUUGCCCCCGACCAGAAGCGUGUGGUUGCCAAGCGCGCCAUCCUCACUGGCCACCCUUACAAGAUCCACAAGAGAGUCGUUACCAUCCGCUACAUGUUCUUCAAUGCCGAGGAUGUCCAGUGGUUCAAGGCUCUCCAGUUGUGGACCCGUCGUGGUCGCAGUGGUUACUUCAAGGAAAGUUUGGGUACACAUGGUUACUUCAAGGCUACCUUUGACGCUAAGAUUAACCCGCAAGACUCUGUGGGCGUCAGUUUGUAUAAGCGUGUCUUCCCUCGCAAGGCUAAGGCUUUGGAGUCGAUUGCUGCGUAA